AUGGAAUAUACUUCACAACAGUUAAACUAUUUCAGAAUAUGUUAUAUCGCCUUCAACUUGGUCCCCGAAGGACUUCGGAAAGUCUUCAAACAAGAGUGGAAUUUCCUUUACAUGACAACUCCAUUUGGGGAAUGGAAAGACAUUCCACAAAAUGGCAGCGAUUUCUACAACAACGAAACGGGGAGAAGUCGCAAAAAGAAUGCUCGAUAUUUUGCGACAAUAACAAAGGGAAACACCGCGGAGUGGGACUGCAGUUGUCUACUUUUUGCGAUAUUGUUCUCGGAUAGUAUUGGCACCACUCUGAGUUCGACAAUCAGAAAAGAGGUCGACGAUCUUCGACAGGUGCGAAACGACAUCGCUCACAUAAACGAGGUUGAAGUUACUGAUGUUGAAUUUCAAAAUUAUGUCGCAAGAGUGAUAGCUGCAUUUACAUCUUUGAAACUCGCAACUGAUGAAAUCGAGGAUGUUAAAAACCAGAGCAGCUUUCCCACAGCAGAAGUAAAAAGCCUCAAGCUAAAGGCUGAUGGACUUAAAGCUGAUUUAAAAGCGAAAAAUGAAGAAGUUAAAAAUCUAAACUCCGACUUACAAUUGACCCAAGACGCAUUACAUACCAAGCAGGAAGAAGUAGAAACCCUCACUCAGGAAAUCAAUUCCAAAGUCGAGUCUUUCUGUAGUCUUACAUUCAAGCCAUCGCACCAAAUCAUCAGACGUUCCAACGAUGUCACAAGAAUCAAGAACAAGCUGGAGGAACUUAAAAAUGAAAGCAAAGGGGCCAUCAGCACCAUUUAUUUAUCAGGAAUUCCGGGCUGUGGCAAAAGUCAAAUCGCUCGUCAAGUGGGACAGGACGUCUAUGACACAAGACUUCGUGAAGGCGAAGGUCUUACAUUUGUUGUAACGCUGAAUGCAGAGACCAUUGACUCACUCGCCGACUCCUAUUUCAAUCUAGCCAAACAACUGGGAGUUACGGAAUACGCCCUAACCAACCUGGCAACCUUAAAGAGGGACAGCUCAAGUGAAACAAUGCAGCAUCUGAUGCGUUUCAUUUCUCCAAAAGUGAAACGAUUUUCUGCCUGGCUGAUUAUUGUGGAUAAUGUUGUUGACCUAUCCUUGGUUCCUAGUUAUCUGCCUCCAACCGCCAGUGAAGAAUGGGGUCAUGGUCAGGUGCUGAUAACAACACAAGACACCCAGUCAAUACCGUUCAAUUCCCCUUAUGCUUACCAUGAAUCUCUCAGUAAAGGAAUGCAUCCAGAUGACGCAGUAGACCUUUUAAGAGAAGUGUCCCAAAUUUCGAAUCAACAACAAGCUGAGGAGGUUGCUAAAGUUCUCGAGUAUCAACCACUUGCCUUAGCAGCUGCUGCAGUCUACGUGCAAACAAUUGUCAGCUAUGGUACCCCUAAUUACCGUUGGACAAAAUACCUGGAAACAUUGAAUAGCGAGGAACGCGAAGCCAGAGAAGAGCUUUUCGCGCAAAAAAACAGAGCAUAUCCCAAAACAACGGCUACUGCAAUCAGAAUAGCAAUAACUCGAGCUUUGGAAAGCGACAAAGUUCUUUGUGAAGUAUUUUGCUUGUUUUCGCUAUGCACAUCUGAUUCUCUACCUAUUGAGGCUGCAGUUGACUUUGUUAAAUUUCGUAACAAGCAACAAAAAGAAGAUUUUAUCAGAGCUAAAAUUCUGGAAUCGACCAUGAUAACUUGCUUGUAUGAUGUUGACGGCACACCCACUUACUUAAGAGUACAUAACGUUGUUCAUGAAGUGCUUAAGUCCACUGUAACAUCAGUCCUGAACCGCACACAUAAAGCUGAGUACUUUUCUGUUGCUGUUAAGAUUUUCAGUUCAUUAAUUGAAGACAACAAGAAGCUGCUACUUGCAAGUGAGAGUGCGUGCAUAAAGUUAAGACUAACUACCAGUCAUUGUAAAGAGUUAUAUCAACAUUUCAAGACUAAUUUUACCGACACAGAAUUAACUAAUAAUGAAUUAUUCCCCUCCAUAGCUCCUAGAAAUUUAGUAUCCUGGCUUUCCUCAACUGCUGAAGUCAGUCGCAAAUUGAGUAAUAUAUCGGACGCUCACCUCUUUUGUACAUUAUGCUCUGAUUUUGUAAAUUAUCUUGAUGACGAGCUAAGAGAUAAGCUGGAAAAGGCGAAUUAUUUUCGAGUGCAAGGCCAUGUUUCCAAGGAUCUUGACCAGAACAAUCAAGCUAAAGAGUACUUUGAGAAGUCUCUUGCCAUUAGCAAAGAGAUUUAUGGUGUACACCAUGGUGACGUAGCGGACAAUUACAACAACCUGGGAAAUGUUUACAGAAACCUUGGUCAGUACAAUCAGGCUAAAGAAUACUAUGAGAAGUCUCUUGCCAUUAGGAAAGAGAUUUAUGGUGAACACCAUGGUGACGUAGCGGCAAGUUACAACAACCUGGGAACUGUUUACAGAAACCUUGGUCAGUACAACCAGGCUAAAGAGUACCAUGAGAAGUCUCUUGCUAUUAAAAAAGAGAUUUAUGGUGAACACCAUGGUAACGUAGCGGCAAGUUACAACAACCUGGGAACUGUUUACAGUGACCUUGGUCAGUACAAUCAGGCUAAAAAAUACCAUGAGAAGUCUCUUGCCAUUAGAAAAGAGAUUUAUGGUGAACACCAUGGUGACGUAGCGAGAAGUUACAACAACCUGGGAAUUGUUUACAGGAAACUGGGUCAGUACAAUCAGGCUAAGGAAUACCAUGAGAAGUCUCUAGCCAUUAGAAAAGAGAUUUAUGGUGAACACCAUGGUGAGGUAGCGCAAAGUUACAACAACCUGGGAACUGUUUACAGUGACCUUGGUCAAUACAAUCAGGCUAAAGAAUACCAUAAGAAGUCUCUUGCCAUUAGAAAAGAGAUUUAUGGUGAACACCAUGGUAACGUAGCGAGAAGUUACAACAACCUGGGAACUGUUUACAGGAAGCUGGGUCAGUACAAUCAGGCUAAAGAAUACUAUGAGAAGUCUCUUGCCGUUAAAAAAGUUAUUUACGGCGAGGAGCAUUCCUCUGUAGCGAACAGUUAUUUCGACCUUGGCAAUAUCUAUUGUAGCGUUAAACAGUACCCUGUUUCUGAAGAAUGCUAUGAAAAGGCUCUGAACAUUUAUAAAACCUUGUAUGGCGAGCAGCAUGCUGCUGUGAAAAGAACUUUCAACGAGUUAGGAUUCGUUAAAAGGAAACAAAGAGAACUUAAUCAAACUCGUAACAAAUGUUGCAUUGUUUAAGAACAGAAGCAUAUAAACUGGGGAACUUCUACCUAUUCCACCAGAACUAAUAAUUAUACUUCACUUUGGGAUCUUUGCUAGUCAUUCAUUUGUUUAUAGGCUAAGUUUUUUUAAAACCAAGUAUUUGAGCGAUUUAAAAGCACUCCAUUCAAAUAAGCGUUCUCCCACCCCAUAAUACCCCUCCCUACUGAAUAUCCGAUAUUGGCAGUAUGGAUAUCUUCCGAUAAAUUCAAUCAAUGACACAUCUCCAAUAAGACACCUUUUAUGCACCCUAUAGUCUCCCCAUUCCCUCCCCCAUUUUGAAUAUCUUUUGCUUUUAAUUUCUCCUGGCGUAUUUUAGCAUUUGUAGUGUCAACAUUCGCUCUGUUCCUUCUUCUCCUGCAGAAAACUGGGCUUUGAAAAGUCACCAUUGUCAAGAAUCGGGUCUCUUAUAUUGCAACUAAAAGAAGCGGCAAAAUUCUAAAUGAUGGCAUGUAUCAUUUCUGCUGAAUUGGCCACAUUCCUUGGUGCAAAUUCCAUCAGCGAUUAAAUUUCUAGGCUCCAUAUUUUUUUAAGGUAAACAAAACGUCGUUACAAAAACAAGUAGUGUUGUUGCAGAAAGGUGUUCUUCUUUUGCAAGAAAAUCUGUACAUGUUGCGCAUUUUACUGGCCCAAAGCAAACUUGUUUUGAAGCCGGUGACGUGCAUCGCGUGACUCGCGUAAUUUUAUGAAAUCGGAAGUCAAUAUUCAAGCAAUGCAUGGUGUCUUGAUUGACAUUAUCUUGAUAUUUUUUCCUAGACAGAGUUUCUAUAAUAUACUUUCUUAAAGCUAGAGCUUAUGUACAUUUUCAUUAAUAUUAUUCUAAUUAUAAUCAAUUUAAUGUACUUAGGUCAGCAACUAUUUCGAAACACACUGUAAUAAAUUAUUAAUAUUAUACUGAUUAUUGUAGUUGCCUUUGAUCCUUACGUUACCUUUCUUCGCUCAGGUGAAUAA